AUGGAGACUUCUCUCCCUCCAUAUCAAUUGCUCAAAGAUGGGUACUUCCGUCAUUGCUGCCUUCUACCACCAGAUAAUCUGCAGCGAAAAACUGAAAUCAAGAGAUGUGUCUCUCGCUUUAUCUUUUACAAGGGAAUACUUUAUCGACGAUCAUUUGAUGGAGUUUUCCUUCGAUGCCUAACUUCAUGGUCGUUUGAUGCAUGGGAUCUUGAUGUAAUUGGACCUAUAACUCCAAAGUCUUCAGCAAGGCAUGCAUACAUCAUCGCCAAAACUAACUACUUCUCUAAGUUGGCCGAAGCCGCACCAUUGAAGGAAGUAAAGAAAGAAAAUGUCGUAGAUUUCAUUCGCAUCCAAAUCAUUUAUCGAUAUGGUGUCCUGCGGCAUAUCAUAACUGAUAAUGGCAAAACAUUCUGCAAUAGCCACAUAAACAAUUUGUGUACAAAGUUUGGGUUCAAACAGUACAACUUGUCCAUGUACAAUUCUCCAGCUAACAGAUUAGCAAAAGCGUUCAACAAAAUGCUAUUCAGUCUGCUAAAAAAGGUUGUCUCCAAAUCAAAAAGAGAUUGGCAUGAAAAAAUUGGUGAAGUCUUAUGGGCUUAUCGAACUACUUAUCGGACUCCAACACAAGCUACUCCUUAUGCCUUAGUAUAUAGGGUGGAAGCUGUACUUCCUCUGGAGUGUCAAAUCCCGUCACUUCAAAUUGCCAUCCAAGAAGGUUUGACAACUAAAUAA